AUGAGUGUAGUCGUCCCAUCAGAUUCCUGUGUAGAAGAAGCAUGUUCUAAACCACUCUUUGUUGCUUUUGCUGCAACAGUUACAACAUCUCCAACCUUAUUUGCCUCAACUGUCACAUUAUUUGCCUUCCCUACCAUUCCAUCAAUGUCGUUUUCCAUUUUCAGAAGACAAUCACUAGCAUUCACACCAUGCGCGGCUUGCAAGACCCUCAGGCGCCGCUGCGCCGACAAAUGCGUGUUGGCGCCCUACUUCCCUCCCAAUGAGCCUCACAAAUUCGCCAUUGCUCACCGGAUUUUCGGAGCUAGCAAUAUUAUUAAACUUCUUCAGGAAAUUCCAGAAGAUCAAAGAGGAGAUGCUGUGACCAGUAUGGUCUAUGAAGCCAAGGCUAGGUUAAGGGACCCAAUCUAUGGGUGCGUCGGCACGAUUUGCCAUCUCCAGAAGCAGCUCGACGAGCUUCGGGUCGAGCUAGCUCAAGCACAAGCUGAAGUACUGAACAUGCAAUGCCAAAAUGCAAAUUUGGUGGAUCAAUUUUGCCAAAACAUGAAAAAUAAAGAAGUUCAUGAGAAUUCAUCACCCCUUGAUGAUGAAAUGCAAUACCAUGGGAAUCCUACAUUUUUCUUUGAUGAAGGAAUGAUGGGGAAUUCACCCCUUUGGACAUGA